AUGUCGCCUCACGAAAUAAACGGAAUAACAGGAGAUCAUGCCCACGAUUACUUCCAUAAGAAUCCCGCUCCAAAGGCUUUGUCCAGCCACCAAACCUUAGCUCGAGAGUUCAUCCAUUAUCAUCUGGAAAACUCCCCCACUCGUCGGAUUGCUUUGGUCACGUCUGGAGGAACAACCGUGCCACUUGAAAACCAGACGGUACGAUUCAUAGACAAUUUCUCAGCCGGAACUCGUGGAGCCACAUCGGCCGAGUACUUUUUGCAAGAGGGCUACGCCGUCAUUUUCCUUCAUCGACAAUUCAGCCUUCUCCCAUAUUCUCGACAUUACAGCCACAGCACCAAUUGCUUUCUCGACUUUAUGGAAGAGUCGCAAGAUGACGGCGAGCGAGUGGUAGUUCGGAAGGAGUAUCAAGAAAAGAUGCGACGAGUUCUGCAGCAGUAUCAGUUCGCAAAACACAAUCGGCUGCUGUUACUUCUUCCUUUCACCACGGUAACCGACUAUCUCUUCGAGCUUCGCAGCCUUGCCGUUCUGAUGCAGCCUCUUGGGAACCGGGCGCUGUUCUAUCUGGCUGCAGCCGUGUCCGACUUCUUCAUUCCCAGAGAACGGAUGGAAGAGCACAAGAUCCAAUCACGCGAGGAGCGUUCGGGAGGCCCAGGAUCGGGGGCUAGUCGCCAACUGGUCAUUAACCUUGAUCCAGUCCCCAAAUUCCUCAGUACCUUGGUGCAGUCAUGGGCUCCUAGAGGGAGCAUGAUAGUCAGCUUCAAACUGGAGACCAAUCCGAGCCUCCUGGUCACCAAGGCAGAGCAAGCCCUGAACCGAUAUCAUCACGACCUCGUGAUUGGAAACCUGCUGACCACGCGCAAGUGGGAGGUGGUCUUUAUCUCGCGAAAUGGUGGCGAGAAAUGGCUCCGAGUACCCAAAUCUCGACGGUCUAAAAGUAUUUCUGGAGUGGAAGAAUUGGUGGGUAAAGCAGAGCGCAAGCACGAACCCGAAGCUCCCGACUUAGAGGGAGGUACGGUGACUGAAGGUAUGGAAAUAGAAAGUUUGAUCGUCCCUGAACUGGCGAUGAUGCACUCUGAGAUGAUGGCGCGUCGGACGUGA